AUGGAACAACAGGGUGUUUGGGAUAAAUGCCUGCCUUUGGUAGAAUUCACGUACAAAAAUAGUUAUCAUGCUAGUAUUGGGAUAACGCCAUACAAGGCAUUAUAUGGAAGAAAGUGCAGAACGUCUCUGUGUUGGUACGAAACUGGAGAAGCAAUUUUGCAUGGACCAGAUGUGGUUCAGAGGAAAAAUGACCAAGUCAAGCUCAGAAAAUACAUUCCUGAUCCUUCUCAUGUAAUUAAAUUUGAUCCUAUUCAAGCUCAAGAAAAUCUUUCAUAUGAUGUAUUUCUAGUGAAACUUGCUUACCAUUGGACCAAACAAUUGAGGGGUAAAGAUAUUUUGUUGGUGAAGAGGAUAUGGAAUGUAAGCGAUGAAGGAGAUGCCACGUGGGAACUUGAAGAUUAA